AUGAAGUGGACAACGGGUCUGCUCUUGGCGGUGGGUCUUCUCACCCUGCCAUCCCCCGGACUCACCUCCCGGAAUCUCACCGAGUUCAUGGGACAUCGGCAGAAGCGAUAUCUGAUCUACCAGAAUAGUGGGUCCCUCAAGUUUAGCAUUGGUCCUUCGACCCCGAUACCGCUGGAGGAUAAGGUGUCCUUUCGAUCCUGUGUGCUCUCCUUUACGCUCCAAGGUGGGUCCUAUUCCCUGCCCACUUCACCCAUAUGGCCGUGGGAUAAGUGGGAGGGCACAUUCGCCCGAUCCUUGAUGCAAAUGAGAAGGAAUAUCGAGCGGCAUACGGCCAAUGGAGAAGUGCGAUAUGCAGACGAUGCCAGACUCCUGGUUUACACUGCUCUGGAGGAGUACAUUGGCAGAAGGAACAACAACCCUUCCAUGGGCAGACAAUGCCUUUUGAGGUCCAUCUGCGAAAAUGCCCAGAUACAUCACCACAUCGGGGUGUUCUCGGAAAUUAUGGAUAUUGUACUCAGUCCCGGAAAAGCGGAUUUGGAUAGUUCCUAUCAUGAGGCCUUUGCUGCCGGAAGGGCUGGAGCCAAUUGCCUGGGCCUGUACAAGUCUUGUCCUCGGGGUCUUAACUUUCUAGAUGGGCUUUUGAUUGUGGAAGAUGAUUGAUUUACUUCUACUGCAGCCGCAACGGAUUUCUGUGGUGUACGGAAGAGAAUAGCUAUCCGCA